UGUUGUGGCGGCGGCAGAAUCAGCCGCGGAGGUGGAGGUCGCGCGCCUCAUCUUCUUCGCCGCUCGCCAUUGCCCUCGCGCCGGGGCGGUGGGAGGCGACGGCGCCUCGGCGCUCCGUCAGCAGCCAGGCUGGCUUGCGCGAGCUGUUCGAGCUGCCGGCCCUGCAGCGCUUCCUGGAGUGGCGGCAGCAGCAGCCGGGGCUGCUUCGCGGGGCUUCCGGGCCGGACUUGGCAGCGCGGAUUCGCCUCCUGCGGGAGAAGGAGCAGGAGCUGCGCGACACGAAGCGCCUGGCUCAGGAAGAUGAACAUGAAGAUUUGCGGAAGCUGGCGGAAAAAGAAGCUCUUUCCUGUCAGGAAGAGAUAGCAGAAUUGAAACAUCAGAUUGUAUUGCUUUUGAUUCCUUCAGAAGAAACAGAUAGAAGUGAUCUCAUCAUGGAAGUGACUGCUGGAGUUGGAGGGCAGGAAGCAAUGCUGUUCACAGCAGAGAUGUUUGAUAUGUAUCAACAGUAUGCUACUAAAAAGUGGAAUUUUGAAGUUCUGGAAUAUGUUUCCAGUGACAUAGGUGGUUUGAGACAUGCAUCUGCUGUUAUAGGAGGCCUCGACACGUAUAAACAGAUGAAGUUUGAAGGGGGCGUACAUCGUGUCCAGCGAGUGCCUAAGACAGAAAAGCAAGGACGCAUUCACACCAGCACAAUGACUGUAGCAAUUUUACCACAACCAGAUGAGAUAAAUUUGACAAUUAAUCCUAAAGACUUGCGUAUUGAAACAAAACGAGCCAGUGGAGCUGGUGGUCAGCAUGUAAAUAAAACUGAUAGCGCUGUACGAAUAGUCCAUAUUCCCACAGGUGUUGUGUCUGAGUGUCAGCAGCAAAGAUCUCAAAAAAAUAAAGAAAAGGCUAUGCAGAUCCUUCGUGCCAAGCUAUACAGUAUCAAACUUGAAGAAGAGAACAGAAAAACAGAAAUUGCUAGAAAGAUUCAGACUGGCUCCAGAGGAAGGUCGGAGAAAAUCAGAACCUACAACUUCCCCCAGGAUCGUGUUACUGAUCACAGAAUAAGCAGAUCAGUGCAUGACAUUGAAAGGUUCAUGUUGGGGGAGGAACUGCUAGAUGAAAUGAUAAAGUCCCUAAGAGAAUAUGCUGAUUAUGAGACUGUAUUGGAAGUUAUUUCUGAAAGUGAUCCAACCAGGCUGAGAUGAUCUGCACUACAG